AGGAGAGUCAGUCAGUCAGGAGGAGGACGGGAGUCCCAGCGGCAGUUUGGGAGAACCAAGGCGGGGGGAAAAGUGCGUCCAAACCGGGAGAAGUCACACGGAGGUGUCCGCCAUGAGUUGGGGAACGGAGCUCUGGGACCAGUUUGAGAAUCUGGACAAACACACUCAGUGGGGGAUUGACUUCCUUGAGCGCUAUGCAAAGUUCGUUAAGGAGAGGCUGGACAUAGAGCAGAACUAUGCCAAGCAGCUACGGAAUCUGGUGAAGAAAUACUGUCCAAAACGUUCAAAAGAUGAAGAGCCAAGGUUCACAUCGUGUCUGUCGUUCUACUCCAUUAUGGGCGAGCUGAACGACUACGCCGGCCAGAGGGAGGUGGUGGCGGAGGAAAUGUCCCACAAGGUUUACAACGAGCUGAUGAGAUACAGCCAGGAGCUGAAAGCCGAGCGGAAACACCACCUACAGGAAGGAAGGAAGGCUCAGCAGUUUUUGGAUCAUUGCUGGAAACAGAUGGACAACAGUAAAAAGAAGUUUGAGAGGGAGUGCAGAGAAGCAGAGAAAGCUCAGAUGACCUACGACCGGCUAGAUAACGACAUCAACGCCACCAAGUCAGAGGUGGAGAAGGCUAAAGCCCAGCUCUACACGCGGACUCACAUGGCGGACGAGAGUAAAAACGAAUAUGCUGCUCAGCUCCAGAACUUCAACGGAGAGCAGUGGAAACACUUUAAUAACUCCAUACCACAAAUCUUUAAGAAUCUCCAAGGCAUGGACGAACGGCGAACGGUAAAACUCGGUGAAACGUAUCGAAGCUUUGCGGAGGCCGAGCGGAGAGUCAUUCCCAUCAUCACCAAAUGUCUGGAUGGGAUGGUUUCUGCUGCCAAGGCCGUCGACGAGCAGCGGGACUCGACUAUCGUGGUGGAGUCGUUUAAAUCCGGCUUCGAACCACCAGGAGACUUUCCGUUUGAGGACUUCAGUCAGAACCUGAGCAGGACGGGUUCGGACGGGACCAUCAGCAACGCACCGAAAGGCGAGAGAGAGCUGGCUCCGGUGCCGCGCUCCGAAGCAAAACACACGAUAAGCAGAGGCAAGAAUAAACUCUGGCUGUUUGGGAAGAAACCGAAGAUUCCAUCUCUGGAGGAUUUCAGCCACUUGCCUCCUGAGCAGAGGAGGAAGCGGCUGCAGCAGAAGAUCGACGAACUGAACCGGGAGCUGCAAAAGGAAACGGAUCAGAGGGACGCCUUGAACAAGAUGAAGGACGUGUAUGAGAAAAACCCACAGAUGGGCGACCCCAACAGCCUGCAGCCCAAAAUCUCUGAGACCAACUGCAACAUCCAGAAGCUGCGAUCAGAAAUCCACAAAAAUGAGACGUGGCUUUCGGAGGUGGAGGGAAAGCAGAGCUCCAGAGGAGACCGACGACACAGCGCAGACAACCACCAUCACACGCCGCACGGCAGGGAGAGCCCUGAGGGCAGCUACAAUGACGACACCAGCCAGGAGCAUCAGACGCCGCAUCACACGCCGCAGCACCGCCCCGCGCAGCCGGCCCAACCCAACCACGACCCGCACGAGUUCGACGACGAGUUCGACGACGACGACCCGCUGCCCGUCAUCGGACACUGCAAGGCGCUCUACUCCUUCCACGGUCAGAAUGAGGGGACACUGACCAUGGCAGAGGAUGAGGUGCUGUACAUCAUCGAAGAGGACAAAGGCGACGGCUGGACGCGGGCGAGGAAGCAGAGCGGCGAGGAAGGCUACGUUCCCACUUCCUACGUAGAAAUCACCAUCGAGAAAAACAGCAAAGGUGCCGUGACGUACAUCUGAGGCGCCGCCACUUCCUGUCUGUCGUUGCCUCCAUGUUUGCCUUUUAGCGUCAGCGUGACGCCGCAGCAUCCAAACGCCGUCCGUCCCCAGGACCGGUGCUGGGAGGGGACAACCAGGACAAACCUGCUGAGCUCAGUAUCAAUCAGAUUAUCUUAGAUAACUUUAUGUAAUAUAUUAGAAACUUUUUUUUUUUUUGAUGAAACAAUCAAACUUCCUGAUUUUAAGCUCUUUUUGUGUUUUUUUGUGCAUUUUUGCACUUUUUUGUUGUCUGUGCCAUCCUGCAGGUUUGUCUUCAUUAAUGCCAUUUUUAUGCACAAGAGUUCAUUUCAUGCAGUUUUUUAAGAAGAAAAAAAUAUUAAGAUGACAUUUUAUGCUUUUCUUCCUGCAAACAAUUCCCACCACAAACUGAGCUGCUUACACCUGCAAAGUUUCAGGAAAAUUUAUUUUAUUUUAUUAGAUUUUCAGAGUUUUGUGCAGCUAAGUUCAACAACAAUUAUAGUUAACAACAUUUAACAUGUUUAGAUACUUUAUCUUUUGUUUAUUAAUAAUUGAACUAAAGGAGUUUUAGGACCAGGUUCAGAAAAAAAGAAUAAAUUCAUAAUAUUAUGAGAAUAAAGUCGUAAUAAUACAAGGAGAAAAAAACCAAAUUAUUUUCUUCUGUGAAAAAUUAUAAAAAAUUAAGAUGAGGAUGUUGAGCAUUUUGUGAAGUUAAACUUUGUCUGGUUUAGAAAUGAGGAAACAUUUCAGCAUCAUAUUAUUCUCAAUUUCAGAAUUUUGAAACAAUUGAGCAGCUUAUAUACUUUUUAAAUCUCAUUAAACAACUUUUUGUUUUUUAAUUUUAUGACAUUUUUCAGUAAAUUUUGUGUCUUUAUUCCCCAAAACAAAAAACAUCUUUUAUUCUGACAAAUACUCCGUUGUAUAUUUGUAGAAAUUCACUAAUCAGAAUUUUGUUGCCAAUUUCUAAAACAUGUUUUUUUGUAAAGGUUUAAGCUAAUUUAACUGAGUCGUGUUUCUUAUUAACAAUUAUAAGAUAAGAAGAUAUUAAAAUAGUUUUUCUCUUUCCUGCUGUAAAAAGUUAGUAAUUAUUAAUAUUAGAAGGUUAUGUCACAAAUUAUUCACUGCAAAGUUCUGUUAAUUUGAAUCCAAUACAAAUUAGUUGAUUUCUUAUUAGCAAUAAGCAGAAUUACUCAGACUGACAUAACAUAACAAUAUUCUAGAAAAUAUAGAUCUUUACUCAAACUUUGAGAUUCCAGAAUAUUUCACUGCAGAAAUGUUUUUAAAAAGUGAAAACAGUUCACGUUGUUCAGCCUUCCUGUUGUCUGCUCAAAGUCCUGCUCUCUCUCACUUUCUAGCAAACAAUGGCAAACAUUUAUUUUCUUAUAAAUGGUACCUUACUGUUUCCUCUGAUUUAAUUUUCAACAAAAUUACACUUUGGUCUCUGUUUCUAAAGCCAACUUUCAGUUUUCUACCUUCAGUAGCAACUUCCACACUGAAGAGUGGUGUCAUCAGCACCAUUUGUUUAUAGAUGGUGUGUUCGCUGACAGGAAAAGUGUUGAAUUUUCUGACCACCAACUGAAAAAUAUCAGAUUCUGAAAUCAUUUUCUGGGGGUGGAAUUUUUUUUUUCAAAUUCCAAAAACUAGAAAAUUUGUGAGAAAAUUUUAGUUAAGUUUUUAUUUACAAACCUGAGACAGAACUUUUAAUGGGGACCAUAAUGGGUAAGAUAUGCAACUUAUGUGUUAAAAAAUUACAAUUUCCCUCAAAUUUAAUAAAUGUAUGCCAUUUUUAUUUUAAAACUAUUAAUGUAGGUUUUUUUUUAUAGAUUCUUAAAGUUUCUUGAUAGAAGUUGAAGCAGAAAUGAAUAUUUCCUUGUUUUCUGCACAGUUCAAUUUGUGCAUAAAAAAUGAACAAACAAGAGGAUUUAACCUGGUGGUUUGGUGGGGAUUCGGUGGCAGGAAGGAAAGCAGCCAUGGCCAUCUUUUAGGAUCUGGUUUCAUGUUCAGUAAGAAGGAUGUUUGUAUGAAGUUUGCAGGAUUAUUUCAGUAAUUCAGUUAAUUCUGCUGUGUUUCUUUUUGGUUCGUUCCAAAUCCAAGCUUUUAUUGUCUGUUUGACAUAAACAAAUUAAAAUAUUUGAAA